AAAAAAAAAAAAAAACAUCAGCCGGCAGUGCUGUCGCUGCUAUCUAACGUUAUGCUAACUAACCGACCUAGCUAAGCUAUGCUAAGGAGCGAACGCGAGCCGGUGACGGUUACUAAUCUGACAAAGCUUGCGUGUAAGGUGACAUGAACCAAGAGAAAUGGGGUUAAAACAUCGAUAAGAGAAGUCGGAAUGGCUGCGACUGGAGAGGGCAAGAAGGAAGAGGCCGACUACAAGAGGCUGCACAGCUUCCCUCUCAUCAGGCACACAGACAUGCCAGAGGAAAUGAGGGUGGAGACCAUGGAGCUGUGUGUGACAGCCUGUGAGAAGUUUGCCACCAACAAUGAGAGUGCAGCGAAGAUGAUCAAAGAGUCCAUGGACAAGAAGUUUGGCAGCUCGUGGCAUGUGGUGAUCGGUGAGGGCUUUGGCUUUGAGGUCACUCAUGAGGUCAAGAACCUGCUCUACAUGUUCUUUGGAGGGAGCCUGGCUGUGUGUGUGUGGAAAUGUUCCUAGCACCGCCUUCCUCUUCCUCUCUGACUCUUCGCCACCAGGCUGGAAAUCAACACCAGCUACCAGACAGAUGCUGGUUACAUUUUGGCUGCGGCAGUUCAGUUUGUCUUCGCUAACAGCCACUGAAACAGGAAAUGAAUCAGUUGGAGAUUGUAUCCUAUUCUAAAAAUGUGUUUUGGCUGUUAAAAUUGCUGAAAGUGAAAUUUGGAGUGUGACAGUCACUGUGGCUGGGAGGCAGAAAAAUUAGUUUCAUGCCUAGUCUUGUCAACUGUAUUUUCUUUCUCCGCUCUCUGUCCUCCAUCUUUGACAACGCUGUAUCGACAAACUUUUGUAAUUUGUGAGCGUGCAUGUGCAAACACAUGUUGAAAUACAGCCAGCCAGGGUCUCCAACGUCCUUUUUCCUCAUUUCUCUUCAGGGACUGCGUGUGCGUGUGUACAUACAGUGUGUUUGUGUGUGCUGGACACACACUGUUUAUGAAAAACAUUACAGUGUCUCCUUCCUCAGCAGUCUGGCCAGAUUUUGUGCAACAGUCAAAUGUUCAUGCCAUCUAUAUGUUUUCGCACACUCUCCCUUUCUUUAUCUCUCCCUCUCACUCCAAUUACACUGUAGUCUUUGAAAAAAAUAUUUUUUAUGUUUUUUAUGUGUAAAUAUUUUGAUGCAACUUGAAAAAAAAAAAUCUUUUUAAAGACCAGUGUUGUUGUCUUGUUAUGCUGAAGGGCUCUGACUCUGGAGCCAAACAACACUAAACCAGAGCCACUUUUUCUCCCUGUAGAGGUGUUUGUAAUAAUCUCUAAUAAUGUCACUUUGCCCGGUGAUAUUAGCAGUGUGAUCGUUUAUAUGUUGAUGCAAGUUUUAAUGACCCAGUGGAAUGGACUAUCCUGAUUGUACAAUAAACUCUGAAUUGUGUUUUACAAGGUGAA